UUUAUCAAUAAAACGUUUCAUUCUGUUCUCUUAAUAAUAUUUCUAGGGUUUCUAUCGUUUUCGCCUUCUCACCCGCCGGGGCGUCUUCCUUUUUUUCGAUAAAACGUUUUCUCCAUCGACGAUCAAAAAUCCCGACAAUACUUACGGCUUUUAUAACAUCUGAAUCUCCCCAGAUAUAUCGAUCUAAUUAUGAAUGAGGAAGGUGAAAACGAAGCUUGAGCUGUGGUCAGGCAGUUGAUUGCUCGGCAUGUCAGCGGCAGUCACUGUAAGGUUUUGCUCGGAUUAAAGCUUCUUUGCUGAAGAUUUUUGGCUACUUCCGCUAGAAUUGUGACAAAAUGCCACGUGCAAGAGACAUAGGUUGGGAACAUGGGACAAUGAUUGCUGGGCACAGGCACCAUGUGCAGUGCAAUUAUUGCAACAGAAUCAUGAUUGGAGGUGUUACCCGCUUUAAAAAGCACUUGGCUAGUAGAAGAGGGGAAAUUAGAGGAUGUGAAGCUGUUCCAAACGAAGUAAGAGAACUCAUAGAAAAGCACUUGGUCGCAUGGGAAACGAGAAAAACAACAGAUAAGAAGCGGAAAAAGGUACAUGAAGAAGCUUCAAAUGAUCGUGCAUAUGAUGAUAAGGAUACAGACUCUGAUGAUGAAUCUGAUCGAGAUUAUGCAGCAGCAAGAAUGGACAAUUUGCGGGCUUUGCACGAAGCAGAAGAAGCACACCAAUCAAUCUACACUGAUCAUGAAGAGCCAACAACUGAGAGUCAGGUGUUGUAUGAUUCCUUCCCACCUGUUCAAUUCAAGAGUGAACAAGGUUCUGCGCCUCCUAGAGCCACUGAUCUUGGUUGGGUCCAUGGAGUUAUGGUAGAUGGCGACCAGCAAAAGAUAAAGUGCAGAUAUUGUCACAAGAUGAUCUUGGGGGGUGGAAUUUCCAGACUGAAGCAACAUUUAGCUGGGGAAAGAGGAAAUAUAGCUCCAUGCGAUAAAGUGCCAGAAGAAGUUAAAUCUCAAAUGCUGCAACAUUUAGGGUUUAAAGUUUGGGAAAGGAAAAAGAAGCUGCAAGAAGAAUGUAAGAAUGAGGAUUCACUGAAGAGCCCGUUAUUGUCCAAUAGUGGGAGAAGUGGAAAAGAGUGGGAUGAAGGUACCUCUGGUAGAAGAAAGAGGCAGAAAAAGCAAGUUAUACCGCUUGGGACACCCAGCACUCAACCUCCUUUGCAGCACCUACCUUUUUUCUCUCAAGAAAGUGUUGAUCAAGCUGAUAUGGCGGUCGCCAAAUUUAUGUAUGAUGCUGGAAUAUCAUUCAAUGCAGCAAACUCAUUGUAUUUCCAACAGAUGGCGGAUGCAAUUUCAGCUGUGGGUCCUGGAUAUAAAAUGCCUUCCUAUGAUUCUUUGAGGGGUGAUUUGUUAUAUAGAAGUACCCAAGAAGCAGGUGAGCUAUGUCAAGACUUGAGGAAGUCGUGGGAGGUGACCGGGUGCUCAGUUAUUGCUGAUAGGUGGAUAAGUAGAACUGGUUGUACGGUGAUAAAUUUUUUCAUAUACUGUUCUAAGGGAACCAUAUUCCUGAAAUCUAUUGAUGCAUCAGAGGCCUCAAAGUCUUCCGAGGAACUUUUCAAUCUUUUCGACAGCAUUGUUCAAGAGGUAGGCCCAAGGAAUAUUGUACAUUUCAUAACAGACACUACACCCAACUACAAGGCUGCCGGGAAAAUGUUAAUGAAUAAAUACAAGACCUUUUUCUGGAGUGCUUGCGCAGCACACUGUAUCAAUUUAAUGCUCGAGGAAUUGGGGGAAAUCGACGAGAUCAAAGAGGCAUUGAGAAGGGCCAAAAAGGUAUGUCAAUUCAUAUAUAACCAUGCAUGGGUCCUCAAUACAAUGAGAAAGAUAACUGGUGGGAGAGAUAUUGUAAGACCAGCUCUGACAAGGUUUGCGACCAACUUUUUAACACUGCAAAAUAUUGUCUCCUUGAAAGAACCUCUCCACCAGAUGUUUACUAGUACUACAUGGAUGGAAUCGGCUAUGUCUAAGCAAAGGUCAUGGAAGGUUACAGAAACUGUGCUGGAUCCACAGUUCUGGUCGUUGUGUUCCCUAACUCUUAAGGUGACUGAACCCCUUCUUGCCAUAUUAAACCUUGUUGGCAGUGAAGAGAGACCUUGUAUGGGGUAUCUGUAUGAUGCUAUGGAAAAGGCAAGGAGAGCUAUUAUUGAUUCAUUUGACAGCGAGGAGUCUAGCCAUUUGCCUUUCUUGAAAGUCAUUGAUCGUAUCUGGGAAGAGGACCUUCACAGCCCUCUCCAUGCGGCAGCACACUAUCUGAACCCCUCCAUAUUUUACAACCCUGGUUUUUGCACCAAUCCAGUUAUCCAGAAGGGCUUACUUGACUGCAUUGAGGGUUUAGAGCCUAGCUUAAUUGCCCAAGAUAUGAUUACAAGGCAAAAAACUUCUUAUGACGAUGCUGUAGGGGAUUUCAGUCGACCUGUAGCUAUACGGGGCCGAGAAUCAUUAGCCCCAGCUACAUGGUGGUCGCUGUAUGCUGCAGAUUAUCCUGAUCUGCAACGUUUUGCCAUCAGAAUCUUAAGUCAGACUUGCAGUGGAACCCGCUGUGAUAGAAAUUGGAGCACUUUUGAGCGCAUCCACUUAAAGAGUAGGAAUCGGUUAGAACAUGAGAGGCUGGACAACCUCAUCUUUGUCCAUUAUAACUUGCGUCUUCAAGAACGGCACUCAGCAGCAUGCAAGACAGUGAGACAAACACAAGAUCCUAUAUGUGUCGAAGAAUUGGAUAACGGAGUAGAUGAUUGGGUUGAGGAUCCGGGAGAUUAUGAGGAAGAAAUGGGGUGGAUGGGUGUUUCAGGAGGAUUACCCCAUGGUGAUGGUUUCUCUCUGAAUAAACCCUCGGAUGUCAAAGAUGAGUGUACUUAUAAUGUAGAGGAAUUAGGUAACAAUAACACUAAACAUGCUGAUAAUCAAGAGACAUGACUGAUAUAAUAUCAAUUCACCAUUUGUCUGUCGGUUCAGAAGAUAUUUACACCAAAAUUUGUAAUCUCCAACUUUAAAUUUAUAAUUGAGCUGUUUGUGUCAUUA